AUGUCAAAUACUUGUUUAAAUAUUCAAGUUGAAACACAAAAUAUUCAAUCCAUUAAAGAUUUUCUAUGCAAUCUCUCAUUAAUUAGACAAUCAUUGCAAUAUUUCAAUGAAAAUAUUAAAUUGAACUCUAACAAUAAUCAUCAUCAAUUCAUUGAUUUUAGAAUUUUAAUUAAUGAUCAACAAGAAAAUAAUAUCGGAACUUUUAAAAAUAUUCAUUUAUAUAAAGAAUAUUAUUCUGAAAUAUUAACCAAUGUAAAUGAUUAUUAUAAAUAUGAAUUUAAUGUUGUAAUGCCACAAUAUAAUAAUACUAUUAAUAACAAUACUAUUAAUAAUGAAAAAGUAUUAUUAUUGAAUAAUAAUGAAAAUCAAUGGAUUAAAUUUAAAAGAAAUUUACAAAAUGAAAUAAUUUGUGAAAAUAACGUAUUAAAUAGAAUUGAAAUAUUACCUGAAUGUAAUAUUUCACAUUCUUUAAAUGAAUUUGAUUUAAUAUUUAAUAAUAGUCAAGUAAUUUCAUCUGUGGAAGAAAAUUAUAGAAAAUUUAAUGUUGUUUGUUUGGGUGGAACAUUUGAUCGUUUACAUUUAGGUCAUAAAAUUUUAUUAACACAAGCUCUAUUACUUUAUAAAGAAAAUAAUCAAAAUGAUGGAAAGAAACAUGAAAUUCAAAUUGGAGUUUCUAUUGAUGGAUUAUUGAAGAAUAAGAAAUUGAAAGAAUUAAUUCAAUCUUAUGAAUUGAGAAGAGAUAAUGUUUUGAAAUCAAUUGCUAAAAUUAAUCCAUCUAUGGAUAUGUCUCAAAUUAAUAUAUUUCCACUUCCAGAACCUUGGGGACCAAUUGCAACUGAUCCACAAUUGGAAGUUUUAGUUGUCAGUGAUGAAACAUUGAAUGGAGCCAAGAAGGGAAAUGAAAUUAGAAAGAAUGAAAAGAAUUUCCCAAUGUAUGAAAUUGUUUGCAUUCCACUUUUACUUCCUCGUUCAGAAGCAGCAACUGAAUCCAUUAAAUUGAGUAGUUCACAACUACGUGAAUUGGAUAAUCAACAAUUGAAUAAUCAAUAA